AUUUGAGAGACUCCAUGGACAGAGGAGACUGUGACAAACACUCACCGAAAACUUGCCGGAACUUCGUCGAGCUAUCACGGAGAGGUUACUACGACAACGUUCUCUGUCACAGAAUCAUCAAGGAUUUCAUUGUGCAAGGUGGAGAUCCUACUGGAACUGGAAGAGGUGGCCAAUCCAUUUAUGGGUGAAGCUAGCUGAAGUAAUUGGAAGUUUCACAACACCAAGAAGAAUGGCUUUGUUCUGGUCUGACAAAAAUGACCUGUUGAUCGAGGCUACUACUCAGAUCAGAACGUUGCUUUGUGGUGAAAACAAAAGAAUGAAGGAAUCAUUCAAAGUGUGUUUCUGUUGUGUAAGAAGCUUCAAAGUGAAAACAAGCGAGCCACCUCAGGAAAUCAAGACACUCUUCGAGGAUUACUCCGGAGACGGCAGGAUGUCUGUAGAUGAGAUGCUCAGGUUCGUCAUCCAAGUUCAAGGAGAAAAACACGCUGAUUCAAACUACGUGAAGGAUAUUUUCCACAGGCUCAAACAUCACGGCGUUUUCCACCCUCGUGGGAUCCAUCUUGAAGGAUUCUACCGUUAUCUCCUAAGCGAUUUCAACUCUCCGUUGCCUCCUUCAGGCGAGGUUUGGCAAGAUAUGAAUCAGCCUUUGUCUCAUUACUUCUUGUACACGGGACAUAACUCUUACUUGACUGGGAAUCAACUCAACAGUAGAAGCAGCACAGGACCGAUUGUGAAAGCACUUAGAAGUGGAGUUCGUGUCAUCGAGCUUGAUUUAUGGCCUAACUCUUCUGGAACCGAAGCGGAAGUUCGUCAUGGCGGGACGUUAACAAGUACAGAAGAUCUGCAGAAAUGUCUUAACGCUGUAAAGGAGAACGCCUUUGCGGUAUCUGAGUAUCCUGUUGUACUUACCUUAGAAGAUCAUUUGCCUCCAGAUCUUCAGAAGAAAGUCGCUAAGAUGGUGAGUAAGACUUUUGGAGGAACAUUGUUUCGAUGUACGGAUGAAUAUAAAGAGCGUUUUCCUUCACCAGAAGCACUCAAGAACAAGAUCUUGAUCUCAACAAAGCCACCAAAAGAGUAUCUUCAGACCCAAGUCUCUCAAAGUGCAACAACAGAUGAAUCCGUAAAAGCUAAAAAAGUUGCAGAUGCAGAAGAACUGAUUCAAGAAGAAGAUGAGGAGACUGUAGCGAUAGAAUACAGAGACUUGAUCUCAAUUCACGCUGGGAACCGCAAAGGAGGGUUAAAGAACUGCUUGAACGGGGAUCCUAACCGAGUCAUACGGUUAAGCAUGAGCGAGCAGUGGCUAGAAACUCUGGCUAAAAACCGUGGAUCCGAUUUAGUGAAGUUCACGCAAAGGAAUAUUCUAAGGAUAUUUCCCAAGACUACACGUUUUGACUCAUCAAACUAUGAUCCACUCGUUGGAUGGAUUCAUGGUGCCCAAAUGGUUGCCUUCAAUAUGCAAAGUCAUGGGAGGUUCUUGUGGAUGAUGCAAGGAAUGUUUAAAGCCAAUGGUGGUUGUGGCUAUGUUAAAAAGCCUGAUGUUUUGCUCUCCAAUGGUCUUGGAGGUGAAAGUUUUGACCCUUCCAGUAAAAGUCUCCAGAUCAAGACAGUACUUAAGGUAAAGAUCUACAAUGGAGAAGGAUGGAAUCUGGAUUUUCCUCAAGAUUAUUUUGAUAGAUACUCUCCUCCUGAUUUCUACGCAAAGAUCGGAAUCGCAGGGAUACCUUUAGACACAACGAGUUACAGAACAGAAACAGACACAGACGAAUGGUUUCCAGUUUGGGACAAAGAGUUCGAGUUCCCAUUGCGUGUUCCCGAGUUAGCGCUUUUGUAUAUCACAGUCAAAGACUACGACAGUAACACUCAGAACGAUUUUGCCGGACAGACAUGUCUUCCGUUGUCGGAGAUCAGGCCCGGAAUUCGUGCCGUCCGGCUCCAUGAUCGUGCCGGAGAGGUCUUGAAGCACGCGAGACUGCUCGUGCGGUUUGUCUUGGAGCCUCGUUAGACGUUUUGUUGAUGUUACGUCAAUAAAUGAAGUGUCCUACUAAGCCACAGGAUAAGUAGAAAUGAAAAAAAAAAACAAUUGAUUAAAGAUCAGUAAAUUUGUAAAAUGUGUGAUUAUUGUUUUAAAAAUCUGUUCAAGUUGAUAAUAAAAUUUGUUUUAAGCAGUCGAUGUGGUCCACUAACCACUAAUACCAAUUGAUUUCAUUGUGGCAACUCACUAAAGCAAAGUUGUAUUAUGACAAUAAUAUUGAAGAUUCAUAGUAAAGCAGAUUGCUUAAUUAUGACAACUAUCACUAAGUCCUAAAGCAAUUGCUUUUGUUAUGUUAUAAAACAAUUUUUAAAAGACUAGUUUAAAAAUUACAUUUUUCCCAAUAGAAAAACCAGUAGGUUCAUCGUUGAAUGGUUGUAAAAUGUAAAGUGACACAAAGAAUUACUAAUAAAUUCUCUAAAUUCAUCAUGCCAGCUCAAAAUUAUUUGAGACUAUCAAAAAGAAUAUUCGGCUUUUUGUAUGUUAGCUUUUCUUUUGUUUUGAGUCUUUUUUUCCUUUCUAUGUUUUAUUGACGAUAUAUUCAUGUGGAUAUUUCCUGCAGGUCUGGCUCGGAUGCCUAAAUCGAACUAAAACAAAAACGAUUCAUUUUAUAUUUUAAUCAAAAAUCGAUAUAUAAAUCAAACCCAAUCCAAAUAGAAACAAAAACUGACCAUGCCAAAAAAAAACUAAGCAGAACAAAUCCCAAAAAUGCAUCUAAAAAUAAUGAUAUCUCAAUUUCUAUAAAUGAAUGUUUUUAAAUUCGAUCCGAACAUUGGAUCAGAUUAUUUUAUGGAUCACCGGAUCGCUAGGUAGAUCAUAAUUGAACCACAAAGCAAUAUACUUUAUGGGUCAUUAGUUAUUUGAUCGAUGUAGUUAAAUUGCGGAUCAAUAAAUUAUAAUAUAUAGUUAUAUACUCCCUCUGUUUUUAAUUAUAAGUAAUUUUACUUAAAAGCACAAAUAUUUAGAAAGUUGUUAUCUAAAAAAAUAUAUCAUUUAAUCAAUUAAUUCAACCAAUUAUAAAAAGCUUAAUAUUAUUUUAUUGGUCACACAAUAUCCAAUAAAUGAAAAAGGUGCAUUGAAAUAUGUAAACUACUUAUAUUGUGAAACAAACUCUUUUUGCUAAAACUACCUACAUUUAAAAAUAGAGGGAGUA